AUGAAUAAUCACAGCUGUUCAUUCCCAUUUGAAGAAACACAACGAACACAAAAAAACUCUGAUUUUAAAUUUUAUCAACAUAAAUUACGACAAUUAUUGACAGAAAGUCGAUAUCGUCAAGAACAGCAUGCUAAAAAUUCCAAACAAAGUCAAUUGAAAACUCAAUUAAAUUAUAAACUAUUACAUAGAAAAUAUAUGAAUCAUAUACGACAAACCAUGAAAAUGAGAUCACAAAAUGAUAAUUAUGGAAAAAAAUCUUCUAGUGUUUUAUCAAUUGCUAAUCGACGUAAACGUGAAUAUAUUUCAGUUACUAUUACAUCAACGAAUAUUUCAACAACAAGCACAAUUAUAUCAACAGAAUCUGGACCAAAAUCUAUUUUAAAAACAAAACAAUCUUCAUCAUCAUCGAAACUGCAACGUGUAUUAAGUGCUCCAACGAAUAAUAAAAAAAAUCUUCGUAAAAAAGUAUUAAUAAAGCUUCCAACAAUUGAAGUUGAUUGUGUUGAUGAUGAUAAUAGUGACGAUAAUGACGAUAAUGAUGGUUUAUCAAAAUCUAAUGCUUAUUCAUAUACACAAGCAUCAUCAUCAUCUCAAAAUGAUACUCAUAACAAUCAUCAAUAUGCACGACAAUCAGUACUCAAUACAAUACUGUUACAUCUUAAUUCAAAUACACCAUCGGAUAUUUCAAAAUGGAAUUUGUAUCGUGAUUUUGAUGAUAAAUUUUCAGCUAGUAUAUCUCCAACAGUUUAUCGAGAAUUUGAACGUAUUAUUCUUUGA